CUAGCUGGGUUAUUCGCAUUGAAAGAGAUUUUGAAGGCUGUUCGCACUUACGUGAACACUCAUAUGCAAUUGUCAAAAUGUGCGUGAUGACAAAAGCAAAAAUAUUUCCUUCCUUCUUUUUCGCAUGCAAAAACCAAACAAAUAUCAGCAACACCGUCAACGCGAAUAGCACAAACAGUUCAUAGCUUUGGUUAAUUUUUUUUCACUGAAUAUUCAAACUUUUCAAAUUAAUCGAAAUAAUACAAUUGGAUUUCAUAAUUGGAAUCUGGGUGCCAUAGUGCAAAAACCAAGCAUACAGUAAUGGCUGAGCCAGUAGUGAAGUCCUCGGAUCUGCAACAGAAAACAAGCUCUGAAGAUGUCGAUUUAUUUAAUAAAUCGCCAGUUGAUACGGGAAGUGAAUCUGAAUGUAGAAAUAGUUUUAUUUGCGGUGUAGUUGAGGGCUUUUACGGCCGCCCGUGGACAACUGAGCAGCGUAAAGACUUAUUCAGAAAAAUGAAACAAUGGGGAAUGGACUCUUACGUAUACGCUCCAAAAGACGACUACAAGCAUCGAGCAUAUUGGAGAGAAUUGUAUACAGUAGAAGAGGCAGACCAUCUAACAGGCUUGAUUACUGCUGCCCACGAACAGAAUAUUAAUUUCUACUAUGCUCUUUCACCAGGGUUAGAUAUAACGUACAGCAAUAGUAAGGAAGUUGCGGUUCUCAAACGUAAAUUAGACCAAGUAUCACAAUUUGGUUGCAGAGCAUUUGCAUUAUUAUUUGAUGACAUAGAACCAGAAAUGUGUAAAUCGGAUAAGGAAGUAUUUCAAAGUUUUGCUUAUGCCCAGGUAUCGGUUACAAAUGAAAUCUACAAUCACCUCAAUUGCCCUCGUUUUCUGUUCUGCCCCACGCAAUACUGCAGUUCAAGGGCAGUUCCUACGGUGAAGCAAUCAGAGUAUCUAAACACGUUGGGCUCAAAACUUAUACAAAAGAUUGACGUUAUGUGGACUGGUCCAAAAGUUAUUUCCAAGUUACUAACUGUAGAAUGUAUUCAAGAAAUUACGGAAGUUUUGAAACGUCCCCCCGUUAUUUGGGAUAAUCUGCAUGCCAAUGACUAUGAUCAAAAACGUGUUUUUCUUGGUCCUUAUUCAGGUCGCUCACCGGAGUUGAUUCCCUUAUUACGCGGAGUAGUUACUAAUCCUAACUGUGAAUUCCAUGCUAAUGCCAUUGCUAUUCAGACGCUGGCAUUUUGGAGUAAGUGCAGCGCUGAUACGAAAAUAAGUUCCUCGAUAUCAUCGGAUGUGAAAUUAGAAACGGAAAACGAGGAAGGAAUAUGUCAGGAAGACGCUCCAGCUUUUUUGUCGAAGAAUGUAUAUCAUCCGAGACUUGCCUUGAAGAACGCAAUCGCCAAUUGGCUGCCGGAAUUUUAUCACGAGAAAGAAGCUUGGGGACCUAUUUGUAAACCUCAACCUGCCGUCACAAUGGUUAUGCCCAUUAUUCCCAUCAUACCAUCAGUGAAUACCUGCAUGACGUUAACUUCAACCAAUACUACAACUACAACGAGUGCAAAUCCACUGCCAGUUCCGGAAGUCAAUACUACACAAUUGCAGCUGUUUGCCGAUGUUUGUAGUACUGUUACAAGCACUACAGAAAAUGUACCCGCCCCUAUAAUGAAUUCAUUGGUAUCGGCGACCAAAGUAAUUACUAACGAGUCGCUGCCAAACCCCGUAGCUGCAGCAGUUAAUAAUAUGGCAAUUCCUGCAACAAUUCCAGUUUCCAGUAUACCGAUGCCAAUAAUGUGCAUUAAGCCGGCAUGCGAGACGACUGACUGUGAAGAUCUGUCCAGCAAGAAAUUGACCAUGGUGGAACAGAUAAACGAAGUUGCUUGUUCCAGGGAUGUUGAACCUCUGGAAGAGGACGCAGUGAUAGAAAACGAUUUAGAACAAAAACAGUUGGACGAAUCGGCUGAAAAACGGAAAUCAAUUUCUUCCGACAUUCCUUUACUGGUUGACGAAGAGUUCAAGGAAGAGCUUGAAGCGGAAGUUAAGAAACUUAAAGAACCCGAAAGUUCUGAAUUGCGCAUGUUUGACGACGCGGAGGACCGAGGAGAUUCUGAAGUUAAAAUGUUAGAUUUAGAAGAUAACGAAAUAAAAAUGACGGACGCUAGUGAAGGAGAAGAGAAAAUGACAGUAAGCGAAGAGGUUGUGGUGAAUCAAAUAAAAAUCAACAUUGGAGAUGAUGAUGUUAAAGUUGAAGAAGUGUUCAGCAAUAGUAAUUUGUGCGCUUCGUCCGCUGGGGUCUGUGCUGAGCCUAUGGAAUGUGGAAGCAAUCUUACUUCGCCUAAACAUACGAUGAAAACGCACUUCGACGAUGUUAUGAUGUCAGAAACAACAUCGACCUGCUCUGGUGUUAUGCAAGUAGAGAGUUCCGAUACUUCGUUAACAUCGAAUGCAGAAAUGGUAGACGAUAAAAGCAGCAGCGAUAAGGACAUAACAACUGCCGACAUCAUACUACUGUGUGAUUUAUUUUACCUUCCAUUCGAACAUGGAAGUAAAGCUUUACAACUGCUAUCAGAAUUUUACUGGCUCAAAACUAACGCAAGUGUUCUUUGCAAGCGUAAUCGAAAACACUUAACAGACGCAACCACCAUAGCUGUUUCUACUAGAGGCUCGCAUCCGGAUCCCCGGAGUGGUGAAUGCUGUCAAGUGAAUGGUGCAGUUUCUCCUUCUGCAGAAAUUAAACACGGUUGUAAUAGGAGCGAAGUACAGGAAUGGUUGCGCCGGUCCGAAUCGUUCGAAAACUUAUGUCAAAGUAUUUUCCAAAUGGCUCGAAAAAUAGCACGAUGUCCAAACAAAGAGCUGUGCUACGAUUUGUUUUCUUACGUGUGGGACAUUGCAGCUGUUUUGUCUCUGCUUAGUGCAUUCGUUAAAUGGCUUGCACUAGGUCAUUUUCCAAGCAAUAUCAAUUCAUACACGCAAGGUGGAUAUACAUGGUUCAGUAAAGGCUGGAAGGAGACCUUCAUGUCCGGAGAUCAAGAACCAUGGGUUUUUCGUGGCGGACUAGUAGCAGACUUGCAACGCCUUAUCCCACUUGAUGCAGGCAAUGACUUGUUUUUAUAUAAACUGCCCGAAACGUCCGCCGUAAAUUUGUACACCAUUCGCCCCUAUGUACACUCUGACGAGGAAAGUGUUUACGCAGUGUGCCAGCGUACUAUGAAGGAUGGUGAUGAUUCGAAUGACAAACUGCCUGACGGGUUUAGAAAUGUUUUAGGGGAUCGGUACGUAGGGCCAUUUUUAACCCUUGCUCCUCAAUUUUGCAUGGUGAUCGAGGAUAAUAACCUUGGUGUAAUUGGAUACGCAUGUGCAGCCCUGGAUACAAAGACAUUUAUUCGUAAUCUUGAGCUUUGCUGGAUACCCGAGAUGUGUAUAAAGUAUCCAGUAUCAAUGGUAGAAGAUGUUGCAAACCAGAAAAAAGAUACCGUCAAAGCAGCUCAAACCACAUUAUCACAGAUGGUUCGCAAUAGUAUUAUGUACUUCAAUAACUUCAGUAGUGAAUACCCUGUAAGUGUCAUCAACUCGCAUCCAUCAGUUAUGUGCUGUCGAAUACUCAAAUCUCAUCUGGCAGAAGACGAAACAAUUUGCAAACGCGUUGUGACUGUUUUAUUGGCAGCGUUGCGUUCAAAUGGACCCUCUUUUGGUGUACACGUUUGCAUUAACCGAUCUGAUCGGUUUCUUUAUCAAUUCUAUUCAAAGCUGGGCUUUGUUGAAAUCUACAGAGAUGAGAGUGAUUCCAAUAUGUAUUUGGGAAGAAAUUUUUGAUAGCCGCAUUUCUUACUCCGUUUUUUUAUUAUACUACAGUCAUUGACAAGAGAAACGAAAUUUCAACUAUACUAUCAGCAAGUAUGAGCAGCUUAGUAUAAAUUGCUUAUACUUGUCAUUUCACGUGGUCAUGUAAUAAUUUGGAAUAGUUAAAAAAAAAUAAAUAUUUAAUUUUAUUAAAACAG